AUGCUGCGAAACUCGCUCGCUUCUAUCGCCAGGCAAGCUGUGGCUUCGACCUCACGAUCCGCCGGCUUCUCUACUGUCGCACGACCUGCUGCUGUCGCCACAGCACGAUCCGCUAGCAACAACGUCUUUGGCGCAGCCGUUCAGCGACGAAGCUACCACGAAAAGGUCAUCGACCACUACGAAAACCCACGCAACGUUGGCUCCUUCCUCAAGACCGAAAAGAACGUCGGUAUCGGUCUGGUCGGCGCUCCCGCCUGCGGUGAUGUCAUGAAGCUCUCCAUCAAGGUCAACGAAGACGGCAUCAUCGAAGACGUCCGUUUCAAGACGUUUGGCUGCGGCUCCGCCAUUGCCUCGUCCUCGUACAUGACUGAGCGUGUCAAGGGACUCUCGCUUGAAGAGGCUGCUAAGAUCAAGAACACCGAGAUUGCACAGGAGCUCUGCUUGCCACCCGUCAAGCUCCACUGCUCCAUGCUUGCAGAGGACGCGAUCAACGCAGCCAUCAAGAACUACAAGUCCAAGCGGGAUGCAACUGGCAACAAGAAGCAGGGCCACAUCGAGGUCGUCCAGGACGUGGCGACUGGCAACACUUCGGCCACUGCGCACGUCGGCUCUGGUACCGUGUGA